AUGAUUAAGUCAAAUUCUCAAAGCAAUGCAGGAUGUUCAAAAGAAGAGAGCUUUCCAAAGAAUAGAUAUAAAUCAUGUAGUAGAAUAAAAAAUUUGGCCACAACAAAUUUUAAGAAAAAUGAUAAAGAAUUAAAUAGAUCUUUUACAUUUCAUAAUAAUUCUAUAAAAUAUAAAAAACAGCAUAGUGAAGAUAUAGGAAAUUAUUCAUGGACAUUACUAAAUGAAGAAGCAAAAAAAGAAGCGAAAAAAGAAUAUGAAUUUUGUAUUGAUAAAAAUAAAUAUAAAAUUAUUUGCAUUUUAAGAAAAUAUAUAAAAUAUUUUUGCAAUUUAAAAAAAAAAACAUAUGAAGAUAAUUGUUACACAAAUAGUUUGAGCACAACAAAAAGUAUAGGAACAUUCAGUAGCUCCGAAAACAUAACAAACUUUACAAAUAUAUUUAAUAAUAGUAGUAAUUCUAUACAUAUAUAUGAUGAGUAUAAUAACGGAAAUGUUCCUUUUCACACACAAAAAAAAAAACAUAUCCCGAUAUUUAUAGAUUAUGUAAAAAUGAAAGAAAAACCAUUUAAUGAAACCUUCAGCAAAUUAAAAAAAAAUGAAGAAUGGUCAUUACAAGAUAAUAGAAUUAUAUAUUUUUUAGAAAAAGUAAUUAUUUCCAUAUUAAAUAUAUUUAAUAAAUACAACAACGAAACAGAUGAAAUUAAUAUUGUACACAAACUAAGCAAAAUAGAAAAUGGAAAACGUGAAAUAAAAACCCCUUUCUUAAUAUUCAAAAAUGAAAAUUAUGAAGAAAUAUUUUUAAUUAAAUUUUAUUCUUCAUUUCCUUUUAAAAUUAUGAUAUAUUCAAUAAUUAUGAUAUUCAUAUCUAUAAUACAUUUUUUUAUUUUAUAUUAUAUUUUGUUAAAAAAUAUGCUAUAUAAUGAAUACAAUACUAUUAUUUUUUAUAGCAUUUUUAAAUUUAUUUUAGACAUAUUAUAUUUUACAUUUUUUGUUAUAUAUACAUUUUUAUUUAAUACUAAUUGUAUAGAUAAAAUGGCUAUCUAUUCUUAUAAAUCUUGUUAUUUAUUUAUAUCUUUAAUAUUUAUACACAACAUUGUUUUAUUACAUUUUAAUCCUUCCUCUUUCUCGCUACCUAGCACUAAAUUAAUAAAAUAUAUAAAUAAAUACACCUAUAAAAAUUAUGCUAUUUUAUUAAAUAAUGCAUAUAUGUGUAUAUUUUGUUUUUUAAGAAAUUAUAUAAUUCUUUAUAAUUUUUUAUUAAAUUUAAAAUUUUCCAUAUUUUUUAUAAUUAUUACUAUAUUUUUACCAUUUUAUGCAUUUUUUUUUUACCCAAAUUUACAAACUGAUAUAUAUAUAUCUACAUUUAUAUUUCCUAUUUUAUGUGUUUUACCAAUUGUUAUUUCGUUAUAUAUUCAGUACCAAUACGAGUUUAAUAAAAGAAUUACAUGUAUAGACAUGAAUGAAAAUAGAAAAAAAGUACAUAGCCAUUAUAUAACCAAAUAUUUUUCUAUAGACAAUUCUAUACCUACUUCUCCAAUAGAAGAUAUUCUAACAAAUCUAAAAUCCAUAUUAGAUUAUACUAAAAAUUUAGAAGAAAAUGAAGAAGGAAAUGAUAACAAAAUUAUAGAAUUAAAUAAAAUCCAAGAAAAAAUUAAAACUUGUGAAAAUAUAUUAAGAACACAAAAUUUAAAUGAAGUGCCAGUAUGUAAAUAUAGAAAAUUUGAAAAAGUCUAUAAUAUGUGGUGUUUAGAUCAAUAUGAAAAAAAAGAUGAAAUCAAUUCUUUUUUAUCUCAAAAUCCUAAUAAAAAAUCUGUUACCUCAUUUUUUAAUAUGCAUUCUUUAUUAUCGACGAAAUUUCAAGAUCAAUAUAAUGAUAUAUAUGAUUGGAAUGCUGAUAUUGAACUUAUUUACAAACGUAAUAUAUUUAUAUCAAUUGGUUAUAAAUUAUUAUAUCCUUUGGGAGUAUUAGAAACUAACUUUAAUACUGAAAAAUUAAAAAAUUUUCUUCUAAAAAUUUAUUCCCUUUAUAAUGAUCUUCCCUAUCAUAAUAGCUUCCACGCUGCUCAGGUAGCACACUUUACCAAAAGCAUGCUUUUCAUGUUGGAUCUAAAUCAAAAAAUAUCCGGAAUAGAUGAAUUUUGUUUACAUGUUUCUUCUUUAUGCCAUGAUGUUGGGCACCCAGGGCUUAACAAUUUUUUUUUAAUAAAAUCAGAAAAUGAACUCGCAUUAACUUAUAAUGAUAGUAAUGUAUUAGAGAACUAUCAUUGCUCAUUAGUUUUUAAAACCUUAAAAGAUCCGAGUUGCAAUAUAUUUGGAAAUUAUCCUAAUAAUAUAUUUAUUACAUGCAAAAAAAAUAUUAUCCGAGCAAUAUUAUCGACAGAUAUGAAAAACCAUUUUGAAUAUAUAUCUACUUUUCGAACUAAUAGAGAAUUUAUAGAUUAUGAAAAUUUAACAAAUGAUCAAUUAUGGCAAAUAUUCUGCCUAAUAUUAAAAGGGUCCGAUAUUGGACAUUCAACAUUAGAAUGGAAAAAACAUCUUGAAUGGACCUUAAAAAUUAAUGAAGAAUUUUAUUUACAAGGUUUAUUAGAAAAAUCUUUAAACAUGUCUAAAAGUUUUUUAUGUGAUACAAUCUCUAUUGACAAAUUGGCGAUUUCUCAAAUAGAUUUUUUAAAACAUUUAUGUAUUCCUUUAUUUAAUGAACUAAAUUAUAUUUCAAAAAAUAAUGAGAUUUAUAAUAAUUGUAUUUCCGCGAUUGAAAAUAAUAUAGAGCAAUGGGAAAAAAAUAAAAAUAACCCAAAAAAUCUUGGGUUGCAAGAAAAAUAUCAAGAUGAUAAUACAGUUGAAAAAAUUAAGCUUUAA